AUGUAUCUCCGUAGCGACCACGUCGAGACAGACCUCCGCGUCCUGCGGCAGCUGAUCCGCGAGAACCCAUUGGGCCUCUUCACCACCGCCAUCGCCUCGUCAUCUUACCCCUUUCUCCAGUCCAGCCACAUCCCCUUCGUCCUCGAUAUUGAAGACGAAUCCAGCGAGACGGAGCUCGGCCGGCUGAGGGCGCACAUGGCCCGCGCCAACCCCCAGAGCAAGGCCAUCAUCGACGAGAUCAAGCAGCGCCAGGCCGCAGGCGACAGCAACCCGACGACUCUGCGGCAAGACGUCCUCAUCAUGUUCACCUCGUCUGUCCAGCACUAUGUCACGCCCAAGUUCUACACGGCCACCAAGCCGGCGACGGGCAAAGUUGUCGGCACCUGGAACUAUGCCGCCGUCCAGGUGUACGGCAAGGCCACCUUUUACGUCGACGCAAACGCAGAGGAGACGGCAGAUUUCCUCGAUUCGCAGAUUGACGAUCUGUCCAGCUUCAACGAGAGGGUCACCAUGGGCUACACGGGAGAAGGGUCCAGGCCCAAGCCGUGGCAGGUGUCUGAUGCGCCAGCGGCGUAUAUCAACAUGAAGAAGAAGGCCAUCAUUGGGUUCGAGGUCAAGAUUGAGAGGAUGGAGGGCAAGUUCAAGAUGGAUCAGGAGGUGGGCGAUGGAGACGCUGAUGGAGUGAUUACAGGAUUCAGUGAGUUGGGGACUGAGAUUGGGACAAAGAUGGCGAGCUUGGUAGAGGAGCGGAGGGAGCUGAAGAAGCAGAAGAAGGCGAGCAAGGCGGGCGAGUGA